UGUGUUAAAUCCCACUUUUCCUUUAGGCGAAGCCCAGGAGCCGCGGCCCCCUCGCAGGGCGGCUGGUGUGGGCGCCUCGCGCGCGCGGAGGCUGCGGGACCCACCGGGCGGGGCUGAGCUCCGGGUUCUCGAGUUUGCCGCGAGCCGGGCGGGAAAGGCCCUCUCAGCGCUGAACCCGCCGGAGGUUCCCGCCCGGCCACCCGCCGCGUCCCAUUUCCUGAGUUGUUCGCCGCCGCGGGCGGCCCGGGGAUCUCUCGUUCCCGCUGCGGAAGGAUAGUUUGCAGUUUGUAGUUUACAGUUACAAUGAAGGCUGCGUAGAGCAGAAAAGAACCGAAAUACAGAAGCAACUAAGCGCUACCCUGCAGAGUUACGGAGUUAUUCAAGCUCGGCGCAGCCGGGAAAGGGAGCGAAAACGCUGCUGACCUCACUCGGGGCGGGGCCGCAGGUCUUAAGAAAAGCCGACGGGACGCGAGUGGCAGCCGCAGCCUGGCACAUCCUCGCCAUGAGCCACCACAACAGCUCCGACGUCCAGGUCCUCUGCGACUCCGGCCAGCUGUUCCUGCAGCCCCUCUGGGACCGCUUGAGAACCCGGGAGGCUUUCACGCAGUCUCCCUUCUUCCCGGUCAUCUUCUCGAUCAUCACCUACGUGGGCUUCUGCCUUCCCUUCGUGGUGCUGGACGCCCUGUGCCCCUGGGUGCCCGCGCUGCGGCGCUACAAGAUCCACCCCGACUUCUCGCCGUCCGCGCGGCAGCUGCUGCCUUGCCUGGGGCAGACGCUCUACCAGCACGCGGUGUUCGUGUUCCCGGUGACGCUGCUGCACUGGGCCCGCAGCCCGGCCCGCCUGCCUGCCGACGCCCCCGAGGUGCUGGAGCUGGCGUGCCACGUCGUCACCUGCCUGCUGCUCUUCGACGCCGAGUUCUUCGUGUGGCAUUUGCUGCACCACAAGGUGCCCUGGCUGUACCGGACCUUCCACAAGGUGCACCACAAGCACUCGACCUCGUUCGCGCUGGCCACGCAGUACCUGAGCUUCUGGGAGCUGUUUUCCUUGGGCUUGAUUGACAUGGUGAACGUCACCCUGCUCGGGUGCCACCCGCUGACCGUCCUGGUGUUCCACGUGGUCAACAUCUGGCUGUCAGUGGAGGACCACUCAGGCUACGACUUCCCUUGGUCCACGCACAGGCUGGUGCCUUUCGGGUGGUACGGGGGCGUGGCGCACCACGACCUGCAUCACUCCCGCUUCAACUGCAACUUCGCACCUUACUUCACACACUGGGACAGAAUUCUGGGAACGCUUCAGUCUGCUCAUGCCAAGUAACUGCACCCUCCCAGCGUGGUGUGUGGCCGCUGUGGGUGCUCUUAGACGCAGGAUUGCUGUACAUUUCACUCUUGAAUCAGGAGAAACACACUUGAGCUAUUUUUGUUUUUAUUUGACAUAAAAAAGAACAUGAACUUACUGAUGGAAACUGUUGUAGAUAAAAUCCCAGGUAUUUUUGCAGUCUAACAAGCAAUUUAUAUGUUUGUAUAUCAAAGCAAUUGUAUUCUUGGUGUUGAAUUCUAGCCCAUUUCAAUAGCUUUGAUUUCUAGAUGAGUGCUAGAUACUCAUCACGGGCAUAUUUAAAUCAUCUCUAAAAUGAAUUGUUUGUAGAACAAGGAAUGUCCUAUGUUUGCAAGUGUCCUAGAAUCAGGCUAAGAGAAUAGAUUUUAAUAGAGGAUCUGACCUCGGACUUCAUAAACUAUGAAACAUGUUCCUGCUGGACAGUGACCAAGAUUACAGUACAUUUUCUAUUUUUAUAUAGUAACAUAUAUUUAUUUUGAAAGAAAUGUUAUUUGUGCUAAAAAAAGAAAAAGAAUAUGA